CCGCACGCUAAAGCAUCCGGCCGGAAAUAUAUUCGGAAGGGCAGUCAUGGCGUCGCCCGCACACUCGAGCCACGUGUGGGUGGGAUCCGAGACAGGCAUCUUGAAAGGGAUCAACUUGCAGAAGAAACAGGCCACCAAUUUUAAGUUGGGUGAUGUGACUCUCAGUCGACGUGAAGCAGUCACUGCCAUGUGUUGGGGGGAUGCCUUUGAAUCUGAGAUCUUUGUGGGAUGCCUUGAUGGAUCAGUGAGGCUGUUCAGUACUGAGAAGGGCAAGUUUACUGAGUCUCGAGACUGUCAUGGAGGCGAGGGACCCUUCUGUGGCCUGGCUAUGCUUAAUGGGUCCCUUGUCACUUGUGUAGCAUCUGGAUUGCUGAAGGUCUGGCAGGAUGCUUCCUCUGAAAAUGUGGAGAUCCAGGUGGGCCCGGGUGUGUGCCGUAUGCGCCAGAACCCCGAACAUCCUCACCGCGUAGCCACAGGUGGGAAAGAGAACUGCCUGAAGGUGUGGGACCUUCACCAACCAGAGGAGCCCAUUUUCCGAGCCAAAAAUGUACGAAAUGACUGGCUUGAUCUGAGGGUUCCUGUCUGGGACAGAGACAUGCAGUUCCUGCCCGGGUCAGAGAAAAUUGUUACCUGCACUGGGCACCACCAGGUCCGGCUCUACGACCCCAGCUCCCCACAGCGACGGCCAGUCUUGGAGGCCACCUUUGGCGAAUACCCGCUCACAGCCCUCUCACUGACUCCAGGUGCAAACUCUGUUGUCGUUGGAAGUUCACGAGGGGAUGUAGCAGUCAUAGAUCUACGGCAAGGGCGGUUGGUGAAGUGCCUGAAGGGUUUCGCUGGGAGCGUGCGGGCCAUCCAGUGCCACCCUGUCCUCCCCUUGGUAGCCUCCUGCGGCCUCGACCGAUUCCUUCGUGUGCACAACCUCCAGCACAAACGCUUGGAGCAUAAGGUUUAUCUGAAAUCUCGACUGAACUGCCUGCUGUUGACCAGCCAAGAGAAAUGGGAGGAGGAGGCCCUCGACCCUUCAGCUGACCUCCAGAAAGAGGUGAAGAAAGAGGAGGAGGAGGAGGAGGACGACAUCUGGAACUCCAUGGAAGUGGUGGCUGCAAAGCGGAAAGCAGAACCCCAGCCCGCUUCUGACGUGGGAAGCGAGAAGACCACAAAAGAGAAGGCCCUCAAGACGAAGAAGAAAAUAAAAAAAGCAGAAUCUUGAUAUUUUGGGGGUAUCGUCAGAGGGAGGAGGGGCAGGAGCGCCCAGAUCUUUAACUUGGACAUGAGUUUAUUACCUGGGAAAACUUCGGUUGUGUCUAAGGCGAAGAAAGAAAAACAGAAAGGACUCCUAGGUGACUGUAGAUGUCCCUGCAAUAUUGGAGAGCGUUUUAUUCUUACUCCCACCCCUAAGCUGUGGAACGUAGCAUGGCUGAAGCUCCGUUCUGCAGGUUCUCAUGACUCAGAUCUUCAAAGAAGAAGACGAUCUAUUAGGAGUAAGGAAACGGGGGGUGAUAGGUUCCUUCAUUUCACUUCUGUUCUCAUUUUGACUGCUGUGCAGUUCUGUCCAGGUAAAGGUAUUAAACAUGGCUUUUUGUGCGUGGA